UUUGGAAUGGUCAUCACAGUCGGACAGGCAAUUGUCUACGUAAUGACAGGAAUGUAUGGCGACCCAGCUGAAAUUGGAGCUGGAGUAUGUCUCUUGAUCAUCAUCCAACUGUUUGUAGCAGGACUGAUUGUCUUGCUAUUGGAUGAAUUAUUGCAAAAAGGCUAUGGUUUGGGAAGUGGUAUUUCUCUUUUCAUCGCUACCAAUAUUUGCGAGACUAUUGUUUGGAAAGCAUUUUCUCCAACUACUGUUAAUACAGGCCGUGGUACGGAAUUUGAGGGCGCAGUCAUUGCCUUGUUUCAUCUUUUAGCAACGAGACAAGACAAAGUUAGGGCUUUGCGGGAGGCAUUUUAUAGGCAAAAUCUUCCAAACUUAAUGAAUUUAUUAGCCACGAUCUUGGUAUUUGCCAUUGUGAUAUAUUUCCAGGGAUUCAGAGUGGAUUUACCAAUUAAGUCAGCGAGGUAUCGUGGUCAACAAAGUAGCUAUCCCAUUAAACUUUUUUACACGAGCAACAUUCCAAUUAUCCUGCAAUCUGCGCUGGUCUCUAACUUGUACGUCAUUUCUCAAAUGUUGGCCGUGAAAUUUCAUGGUAACAUUAUUGUCAACCUGCUUGGAGUCUGGUCGGAUGUUGGUGGCGGUGGCCCUGCUCGAUCUUAUCCCGUCGGUGGACUAUGCUAUUAUCUCUCCCCACCUGAAUCCGUAGGGCACAUUGUACAGGAUCCUGUACACGCUGUUCUCUACAUUCUUUUCAUGUUGGGAUCCUGCGCAUUCUUCUCAAAAAGUUGGAUUGAAAUCUCCGGAAGCUCCGCUAAAGAUGUUGCAAAGCAAUUAAAGGAUUCUCAAAUGGUAAUGCAAGGUCAUAGAGAAAAGUCUCUGAUUCACGAAUUAAAUCGCUACAUCCCAACUGCAGCGGCAUUUGGUGGUCUUUGCAUUGGCGCUCUUUCGGUACUGGCAGAUUUCUUAGGUGCAAUUGGUUCUGGAACUGGUAUUCUACUUGCCGUUACAAUUAUAUAUCAAUACUUUGAAAUUUUUAUCAAAGAACAAAGUGAAAUGGGUGGUAUGAGUACAUUACUCUUUUAA